UCCGUUGUUAUGGACAGCUCUCUUCCUGUUUCGCAUGAAAUCAAUAAACUGCAGCAGUCGCUCAAUGAGGAAGAGAGAAAAAGCUUAUGUCGUAAAAAUAACAACCAGAGCUGCUGCUGCUGCUCACAAGACCUCAGCAUGUGAUAUCGAUUAGUAAGGGAAGAGGACAUCCUGCAGGACAACCGCUGCUUUGUUUCAACAUUCAGCUUCUACAGCCAAUAAGUUUUCUAAUGGAUGAAGUCUGCAGAAGAAUAAUUUAACCAGAGUGGAAAGAACAAAAGUUUGUAUUUAAAUUUACAUCUUCAAAUUAGGAGCAAACAUGGUGCAUGUCUACAACUGCCAUCCUUUCACUUCACAGCAGAUUGUACAGGUGGAGCAGGAGCCUGGACUCGUGUGCUGUGGAGGCGGAGCGCUGUUUGUUGUGACAACAGGAGGAUGCAAGGUGGAGGUGUACAAUUUGGAAACGGAGGGCUGCCCUCUCAUAUGCCGCUUUGCUAGCAUGGGCACAGUGAGGAGGAUCCAGCACAGCUCCAUCGGAGACUACUUGGUAACCAUAGAGGAAAAAAACAGCGCCACCUAUCUGAGAGUUUACACAAACUGGCGGCACCAGGCGGAGGAGAAGUCGCGUGUUGGGGUGCGUUUAUUGGGCCACUUGCUUCGCGGCGCGUCUGUCUGGGGCGGAGUGCAGAUGGAGAUCAUUGAGAUCCCGCUGUCGGAGCAUCCCGUGUCCCUGGCAUGCUGCGCGGUGACUGGAGACCUCCUGGUGGGCUGCGAGAACACGCUGGUUCUUUUCGCUUUGAGGAGACACACCCAGCAGAACCUGCAGAACCAGCAGAACCUCCAGAGCUCCUGGUCCAACUCAGAGCAGAGCUGCAGUCGGAGUCCAGGUCAAACUUCUAGUCAGAAUCAGGAACUUUCUGUGUUGGACUUUGAACGUUCGGUCAUCCUGCAUCUCUCCAAAAUCACUCCUAAACAGGUGGCGCUGUGUGGAGGUUAUGUGGCAGUCCAGGCCGAGCUUGAAGUUCUGGUUCUGAAACUGGAAGCGACGGCCGAGGCCACAGGCGUAGAAGAGCCAUCAGAUUCCUUUAAAAGCGAAGAUGAUCCAGAAGAGCAGAGCGACUUCCUGCUGGUUCCGAAGCACCAGGAGCUGCUGGGGGACCGAGCCAGAGCCUGCGACGUCCCCGUCAGCGUGGAGCAGACCGGACUGGAGGACCGGAGGCGCUACACGCUCUCCUACCUUCUUUUCAGGCGUUUUACUCCAGAGUUCUUUCAAGGCUGCAGUGUGGAGGAGAUUCAGCUCCACUCGCUGCAGCUCCACCCCAUGUCCACCAGUAAGCAGUCGGCGUCUGUGGACCAACCGGCCUGCAUGUUCUGCUUCUUCUCUCUUCCCACGGCGGGAUACCUCUACAGUCUGAGGGGCGGCGUUGAGCUCCUCUCCACCUAUCAGUAUCCAGAGAAGGUGCUGCAGGCGGUGCUCACAGAUCACCUGUUGCACGUCAUAACCAGGAAUGCGCUGCAGUCGUUUACGGUGCGUUGUGCCGCAGUAGCAGCCAGGGUUGAAGACCCCUACAUUGACACCACCAUGAAGGCUUGUCCACCGUGCAGCCUGGAGGUGUGUGCGCUCAGAAUGCAGUUAUUUAUUGGUCUGCGGUCGCUGUGUGUCUACGGCCGCCAUGUUGUCCUCCUCUCCACUGCUGACACAGACGCACCAGAGGAAACGGAACGCCACACACCGCGCCGGGGCCUGAGCAGGAGGUGGGUCAUCUCAUCCCCCAAAGAAACCAGUCCUGUUGGACACGGGUGGAAUCUGUAUGUUGUCGACACCGUACCUCCCAUCACGCUCCAUCAGGAGAUGGUUGAGUACAGCCAGCGCUACGCAGAGACUAACCCACAGGGCCUGAGUCUUCGUCACCUCCUCAGUGAAGCCCACCUCCUCCUCCGCUCCUCCCUGCUGGAGUCGUCAGAGCAGCGGCAGGCCAGCGAAGGUGUCAGAAAGAUGGCCGCCCAGACGUACAGGGAGGAGCUGGAGGAGGCGUUCAGACAGAACUCCGCCCAGCUUGGAGACAGUUUCAGCAGGGGCAGUCAGAAGGAUUGCCACCUGGCUUUGCCGUACUACAGGAUGUCCGGUCUGUCGGUCACCGAGGUCAUGUCCAGAAACCGUCCACUCCCAGGCAGCCCUCACUCCUAUGGACCCGGUUUCCUCUUUUAUCUGAAGAACUACCUGUUAGAGGAAACGGACCAGAGCCUCAGUCAGGAGGACGCAGAUGAGGUCACUAGAAUUUUCAGCCAAUCAGAGCCCUCGAUGCUGGUCAGCGUGUGCGCCAGCCCGUGCAUGAUGAACGUGGACCCGGCUGCAACGCUGCAAAUUUUACAACAUCUGGAGGAAACGGCUGGCGUGUCGGUGCCUCUGACAAUCACCAUGGCGACCAUGAUGCUGCGCCUGGGCAACAGGGCGCAGUACACAGAGCUGAUGGAGCGACACCCUGAGAUGCAGCUGGUGUACGGGUUCAUCGAGGAGCCGAGGUUGCUGCUGCACGCAGGAGGAGGAGAAGGAGGGAAACACCUUCAGGUGCGUCCGACGGCGUUGGCCGGCCAGCUGGCUGACUCCCAGCCUGGACUCCUGGUGGCGGCCAUGGUGGCUUUACACGAGAACAACAAGGUGCAGCUGGAGCCCGCUGAUCACGUCUUUAAGGAGCUGGGAUGUGAGAGCAGCCUGCAGCUGGACUUUUGGGAGGCGAUGGUCAUGUCGUCCUCCCAGGAUGCCGUCAUUCAGGAGCUUCUGUUCCGACUCGCUUCGGUUUACAUCGACAGACUGACGGCCGGCGAAUCCCCAACAAAACACAAGUCGCUGAAAAGUGCGGAUGACCUGAUCAGCUGCUGCUCUCAUUACGGCGCCCUCUACCCGUGGCUCACCGUCCUGAACCCAGCUCAGACUUCCAGCUACCAACACCAGGAGGCGCUGCACAAACUGCAGUCGUUGCUCUGCGGUCCGUCCCUCUCCAUCGGCAACGUUGCUCCUCUGUUGGAGAGUCUGUCGGAGGAAACGCUGUGGGGCUUCAGCCUGCACCUCCUCUGUGCCACCAGAAGGGGGCAGUAUGCCAGCAGCAUUGAGCGGCUGUUGGACCGCUGUCCUCAGGCCAUCAUAGCCUACGCCAACCACCAGCUACAGGACAAACACAUGGCUCUCUGGUGGCAGAAGCUUCUUCCUGAGCUGUGCAACCGGACGAGAGCGGCCGCUGACGAUGGCGUCCUGCUCGGAGCUCUGACAGAGACGCUGGUGGUGGUUGCCAUGGAGACGAGCCCGGCAGAGUUCCUGGAGCUCCUGCCAGACGACGGCUCGGCGUCGUACUUCCUGCCUCACCUGUUGACGUGCGGCCAGAGACGCUGACUCAGCAGAAACGGAAACGCAAAGCGAAACAUUCGAUCCCGCUGAAGGAAUCUGAAAAUGACGUCUUCUUCCUGCUGCUGUGGAGCCAGAACAACAUUUUUAGUUUUUUCCUAAGAAUUUCAGUCUGUGAAUUUUUAAAGGACUUAAUGUAAAUCUGAAUCUUUUAAACAGUUUUAUGGCUGUAAAAUCAUAGACUGGUGAAUAUUUAUCAAAGUCAAACUUUACGUCCUGCUUCAUUUUGUUCAUGUCUGAGUAAAAUAUCUGUAAUAUGAGAUGUCUUGUUGUUGAAAUAGUGAGAACAAAGUCUCUUUUUUUUUUAGCUUUUUCUUCUUUGGUAUUUAUUGAAAAUAAAUAUUUUAUUCAAACUA